AUGUCGACCAGCAAGAGACUUCCCACAACUUCCGAUUUCCCGUCCUCAUGGACUCUGACCGUAUCUCCUGCUCCGAGCUCGCAACGGCCAACAAACAUCCUGAUUCUCCUUCAUGGCCUUGGUGAUGCUCAUCUUCCGUUUGCCCAGCUUGGCACCCAGAUGAAUCUCCCUGAGACAGCAUGCGUCUCUAUCAAAGCUCCUGAACCUCUUCCCUUUGAAGCAUCUUCUUUUCACUGGGGUGACGAUGUCAUUUUUGACAAUACAGUCGGCACCAUUGAUCCUGACGGUGGCUUCAAAAGAGUAGUGCCUAGACUGGUCAAGGAAGUCAUUGAGGACACUUUGAUCAAGAAAUGUGGUUAUCAAUCUCGUGAGCUGAUGCUCUUUGGAUUCGGUCAAGGCGGUAUGGUAGCUCUCAACAUCGCAGUAAGUAUGGAGAAAGAGCUAGGCGGAGUCAUCAGUGUCGGUGGCCCUCUACCUAGCGAAGCUCCUGCAUCUCUUUCCCCUAAGCGCAAGACUCCAAUUCUGGUCUGUUCUGGUAAUGACAGCCCUUGGGUCACUUCAUCAGCUGAAGACAAGCUCAAAGCUGUCUUCGAGUCUGUUCAGCUUAAUCGCUACAAGAGGUCUGGAGACACGAUGCCGAGGAGUCGUGAUGAGACGUACCCCAUCAUGCAGUUCUUUGCUAGGCGCCUUAAAAGCUCAGCAGGUGUUCCAGAGGGCAGUGUUGAGUUGACAGCUUGA